GCGGCCCUUUCUGCGAUCCCGCCAGGAAAUCUGCUGCAUCGUCAUCUCCUGGCUUGGGACACGUCAUCUGUUGUCAUCGAGAGUGUCACGGCAUUUCCUCGAGCGUUUUCGCCACCAACUUGGAUCCACCAGGAGGCGUUCAACAUCAGCAUCUGGCAACACUCAAGCACUGUAACAUCACAUGGUUCCUACCCCGACGGGUGGCUACAUAAGCCGACCGGGAUGGAUGGCCAGUUGGGGCACGGCGUCGCCAGACAAACAGCGAUGCAAAACCUCUCCCUUCUUCAGGUGUUGGUGACUGCGGCCCUUUCUGCGAUCCCGCCAGGAAAUCUGCUGCAUCGUCAUCUCCUGGCUUGGGACACGUCAUCUGUUGUCAUCGAGAGUGUCACGGCAUUUCCUCGAGCGUUUUCGCCACCAACUUGGAUCCACCAGGAGGCGUUCAACAUCAGCAUCUGGCAACACUCAAGCACUGUAACAUCACAUGGUUCCUACCCCGACGGGUGGCUACAUAAGCCGACCGGGAUGGAUGGCCAGUUGGGGCACGGCGUCGCCAGACAAACAGCGAUGCAAAACCUCUCCCUUCUUCAGGUGUUGGUGACUGCGGCCCUUUCUGCGAUCCCGCCAGGAAAUCUGCUGCAUCGUCAUCUCCUGGCUUGGGACACGUCAUCUGUUGUCAUCGAGAGUGUCACGGCAUUUCCUCGAGCGUUUUCGCCACCAACUUGGAUCCACCAGGAGGCGUUCAACAUCAGCAUCUGGCAACACUCAAGCACUGUAACAUCACAUGGUUCCUACCCCGACGGGUGGCUACAUAAGCCGACCGGGAUGGAUGGCCAGUUGGGGCACGGCGUCGCCAGACAAACAGCGAUGCAAAACCUCUCCCUUCUUCAGGUUGGUUACCUUCCGAAUGCAGUUUGUUCUCGAAGUAGAAAUCCGAAUUUUAUUGCGAUGUCGUGCCCCAACGACCUUUUCUGGCGAAAGUGGCUGUGUUUUUACUGUUUGCAGUACUCGUACAUUUUUUAUGUUUCUCGGCUCCUUUUGUUAAUGUCCGGAGACGUGGAGGCAAACCCAGGACCACUAACCGAUAGUGAGCAAAUCACAAGUAUUCUUGCAGCUGUCCAGAGAAUCGAGGCUGCUCAGACAAAUUUGCUGGCAACAGUCUCGUCAUUGGAGAGCGGACAAAAGGCUACCGAGAUAUCUGUCCAACAAUUGUUUUCAAGGAUGAGUGCUGUUGAAACGAGGUUGGCUGAUAGGAACUCUGCAUCUCUAACCCCCCAUGAUGAAAAUCUUCCUGUUGACCUAGCGAAUAUUCAGAAGCAGUGCGAUGACAACGAAAAUAGGCUUCGGAGGUCAAAUCUGUUGUUCUUUGGCUGCCCAGAUAACAGCACCGAAACAUGGGGGCAGUCGGAACAAAAAAUUAUCGAGUUUUGUUCGAGCAAGCUGGGAAUCCAGCUGGAUCCCGCAAAUUUAGAAAGAUCGCACCGCCUAGGGAAAUUCGAGCCCCAGAAAGCUAGGCCAAUAAUAGUCAAGUUUGCCCGAUUUAAAGACAAAGAGAGCAUCCUGGCCUGUGGGUUCAAACUGAAAGGCACCCAUUACGCUGUACGCGAAGAUUUUUCUGCGUCUGUGCGAGUUGCCCGUGCCAAACUUUUUGAGUAUGGUAGGAGUAUGAACGUGCCGUUUAAAGUGCGUUUUAACAAACUGCAUGCGGACAACAAGCGUUUUAUUUUUAACUCGGAAUCUCAAACAGUUGUUGAAUUUUCAUAGCUACAUGCUUCUGGCAAAAACAAAGCGUUACCGCCAUCCCCUUAUGCCGCCUUGCGCGAUAAAAACAAAAGCCUUUCUGUUCUUUUCACUAAUAUUCGCAGCUUCAUGCCAAAACGCGACGAGUUUCACAGUGUAUUGGAGGACAGCUCAUCAGAUUUAGUCAUUUUGACAGAAACUUGGUUAAACCCUGAAAUCGAAGAUAAGGAGCUUUUUCCGCGAAACUUAGAUUACAAAGUCUUCCGCCACGACCGGCAUGGCCAGAGGGGCGGCGGUGUGCUUAUCGCAAUAAAGAGUUUUAUAUCUUCUUUUGAUAUCUGUUUAGCGAACCAUGACUUGGAAUUUACUUGCAUAUGUGUUUGUACGCCAUCAAAUAAGGUCAUUGUGGGCGUAUGUUAUAGGCCACCAAAUUGUGCUUCAUCAUUUCAUACUGAUCUAUGCUCUGUCUUACUUGAUAUACGAGAUCGAUUUCCAAAGGCUGAUAUGUUGUUAUUUGGUGAUUUUAAUUUUCCACAAAUCGAUUGGUCAAACCUUUCAUCCGUAGGUUCGGCCACAUCCGCACACUUUCUAGACAUGUGUCUUACUCUGAACCUUACACAGCUUGUUGAUAAACCAACUCGUUUGGGAAAUAUUCUCGAUUUAAUACUAACUACGUCACCGGAUCUUGUCAAGUGUAUCCAGUACUGUGACGGGCUCAGUGAUCACAGGCUGCUGCAUGUUGAUUUAUCACUCCCCACUCUCACCAAGCAUCCCAUUUCCAAAACUAUUCACGAUUAUAACAAAGCUGAUUAUAUCUCGAUAAACCGCGAGUUGGCAAUCUUCUUUGACAAU